AUGUCCAAGAAGAGACCCUUUUGCCUGUCAUGCAAAAACGCAGUUUCUCAUGCGGAAAACGCAACACAAAGCAGCGGAGAUAUUUGUCAUGCUUGGCUGUGCAUUACAGAGCAUUCACUAUUCCCAACACAGCAUUACAAGUUUCCAGACCCAGACAUUUUUGCACUUGAUAAAGCGAAUUUACGCGCUGUUUCGCGAAGCGACCGGGGACUAUGCCGACGCGCUUACCUUGUACAAGGAGAUCCUGCAGGAGGCCCCAGAAAGCACUUUU